GUCAAACGGAAUUAUAAAAUGUUGGGGUAAAUUGGACAUGAACGAAUUUUGAACUACAAAUUUUGUUUAAUAUACUAUUUGUAGUUACGUUACAACUUAAAGCUAUAAAAGUAAUCAGGGUUUUUUCGUUCUUUGUUAACCGAAUGAAUCUGCUAUUUUUAAUAUCCUCAUAAAUCUAUAUUUUAAUAGAAUUAACAUUUAGCCAUGUCUGAUAAACGAUCACGACAAACCGGAGAUCUGGCUUCAUUAGAACCUGCUGUGAGGGUUAAACAGUUAGCACACUACGGGACCAUGGUUGAAGUUGACGCUAAUGUACCACCAAGAAGGUAUUACAGAUCUGGUUUAGAAAUGGUAAGGAUGGCUAAUGUGUACUUGGCCGAGGGCAGCCUUGAAAAUGCCUAUAUAUUGUAUAUGAAGUUUAUGACCCUAUUUCUGGAAAAGAUAAGGAAACAUCCAGAAUAUAAUACUGUACCCGCAGAUGUGCGCUUGGUCAAUCAAGUGAAAUUAAAAGAAGUAAUGCCUAAAGCAGAGAAAUUAAAACAAAAACUUCUUGAACAGUAUACAAAAGAACAUGAGCUAUAUAAGGAAAAUGAGAAGAAAAGACUUAUUAUGGAAGAAGCAAGAAAAAAGCAGGAAUUAGAAGAUGCUAAGCUUGCUGAGCGUCUUCAGGCAGAUGAGAACAGUCAGGAUGGAAGCACCACAACACCACACUUGAUGCAUGCGGACGAGUGGGCGGUGACCCCGACGGCACCGCCUGUGGACGGCGUGCUUUACCCAGACGACUUCGCUUCGGAGCCCCCGCGCCCCGCACACCGCUACUCCCCCGUACCACCCCUCAUACCACCAUCUAGACCGCACCAUGAGACUGAGGAGACGCUGCCGUCAUGGUCGGGUCGGCGGUUGCGCGCGGUUCUAGUACCCGGGUCUCUAAUGGCGCGCUUCCAGUCCAUCGCCGCACCGCACACCGCGCGCAACCUCGAGCUCUGCGGUAUACUCGCUGGCAUCCUGGAGCGUGAUCAGUUGAAGAUUACUCAUGUGAUAGUGCCGAAGCAAACAGGCACCGCGGACUCGUGCAGCACCAACAACGAGGAGGAGAUAUUCCACUACCAGGAUCAACAUAACCUGAUCACACUCGGCUGGAUACAUACCCAUCCGACACAAACAGCGUUCCUAUCGUCAGUUGACUUGCAUACACAGUGCUCCUACCAGCUUAUGAUGCCCGAAGCAAUUGCCAUAGUCUGCGCGCCCAAAUAUAACGAAAUUGGAUACUUUGCACUGACGCCAGAGUACGGGAUGCAGUUUAUUGCAAAUUGCAGACAAAGCGGUUUCCAUCCUCAUCCAAAUGACCCGCCUUUAUUCUAUGAUGUGACGCACAUACGUCUUGACAACAAUGCUGCAGUAGAAAUGAUAGAUCUGCGGAGAUGAAUGUAACACAUUGCUACAGUCUUGCAUUUAACAAUCAAUGUUCAGCUUUAGGUAAAAAGAUGUUCCAAUCUAUUAGUCACACUACCAAUGUUAUGUUCUCCUAGUACUUGUGUCUGAGUAUGAAGUUAUUUAUUUUGAAUAUAUAUUAAAUGUUUAUUUAAUUUUUACACUAUGUGAUUAUAAAUAUACUCAUAAAAUAAAUAUAUUGAACCUUGAAUUGUAAAGUGAAUCAAAGAUUUUGUUUUUUACAAUGCGAAUUAAUGACAUGUGUUGUUAAUAGCUUUUGAUACGUUAAAAUUCUUGAAAAUAUUUUAUGAGCUUAAUAUUUCAAAUUUUGAAAAACAUUUGUGAUAAUCACAUUAUAUACCAAACAUGUGAUAUAUAUGAGUAUUAAUUUUAAAAAAGCAAAAUAAAAUUUUGUUUCAACAUGAUAUGACCGGAAAUUAUAUUACUGUUAAAAUAUGUAAUAAAAUAA